CUUUUUUUUUUUUUAAGCCCCUGGUGGAAGGCAGGCUGGGCUGUAGCGCCCCAACUUUACUGAACAUCAGCAAUGCAGGAAGUCAGAGUGGUGACAUCAGCGGGCAAAUAUCUGGAGCUGGUCCGGGCAGCAGCUGAAGGAGCCCAAGAGACAGAGAGAGACAGAGAGACAGAGGGAGAGAGAGAGGUAAAAGCAGGCAGCGCUCCUGAGCCCUGAGCCCGGGGGAGCGGGCGGCAGAGGAGUCUGCACGGAGAGCCCAGCUUCCUGACAUCUCCAUUCGUGAUAUUUCGCCUUCAAAUGCCUAAUUUCCUCAUUCCACUGGAUGUGGGCAAAGCAGAGUCUUGAUGCACAGUUAAGACCACUGGUAUCUACUCUUGACAAGUAGAUCACUAUAUCUCCAACUGUGAAGCUGACAUGUUUUUAUAAGAUUUCUUUGAAAGACGCUAUUGCAAAGUGGAAAGAAAGCUGGCCUCAGAUUCAGACCUGGGUCCAAGUGUUACCUCUGACUCAACUCUGGCGGUAUCAUCCUGAACGAAUCACUUAACUUCAGUACCCCAGAUGACAGUCAUGUCCCACUCAAAGGACCUCAAAGAUGACUUUCACAGUGACACAGUGCUCUCCAUCUUAAAUGAACAACGAAUUCGGGGAAUUUUGUGUGAUGUCACUAUCAUCGUGGAGGACACCAAAUUUAAAGCUCACAGCAAUGUCCUGGCAGCUUCAAGCCUUUAUUUCAAAAAUAUAUUUUGGAGUCGUACUAUCUGCAUUUCCAGUCACGUCCUGCAGUUGGAUGACCUCAAGGCUGAAGUGUUUACAGAAAUACUUAAUUAUAUCUACAGUUCCACGGUUGUUGUGAAGAGACAGGAAACAGUGACUGAUCUUGCAGCUGCAGGAAAAAAGCUGGGAAUAUCAUUUCUGGAAGAUCUUACAGAUAGCAAUUUCUCAAACUCUCCAGGUCCCUAUGUAUUUUGCAUAACAGAGAAGGGUGUGGUUAAGGAAGAAAAGAAUGAAAAAUUAUCCGAUGAACCAACUAUUACCAAUGGACCAAGAAUCACGAAUGCAUUUUCCAUCUUCGAAACAGAAAAUAAUAACAAUAUGUUUUCUCCCCUGGACUUGAGGGCGAGUUUCAAAAAAGUCUCGGAUUCAAUGAGAACACCCAACUUUGACCUAGAAAGGAAUGAUGGUUGCAAUGAGGCUGAACCGGUCAGGACACUAGCCGAACAUUCCUACGCCGUCCCAUCAGCAAUGGAUGCUUUUCAAGGUCGUCCUCCAUACGAGUCUGCUGCCAGCCCAUCUUUUGUGAGAAGUGAAGAGCAUUCUGAUGAGGGGCCAGCAAAGACACAGACAUGCAGGACCCCCAAGACACCCCCAGGACCUCAAGCUUCCAGUUCAGCAGUGGCAAAAGUAGCACCCCCUAAAGGACCCAAUACAGAGGUUCAUCAAGAAAAACCCCCAGAACCAGCCAUUACUUCCGUUUCAGAUUCUCACAAGAGUCAAGAAGACAACCAGUUUCCCAGGGAAGAUGAAAAUCCACCUGCUAACAUUCCUGAUCCUCCUCCUCUUCCUCCACCUCCUUCUGUUUACGACUGCACUUUUUGCUCCAAAUCAUUUGAAAAUCAGGCUUUACUGGAGUCCCACCUGCAGCUCCACACAAAGCCUCAGGAUGCUUUCGUGUGCAAAUACUGCGACAAACAAUUUACUACUUCCAACAGGUUGGACAAGCAUGAGCAGAUCUGUAUGAACUCGGACCGUCCUCCUAUUCCUGGGGGAAACCAAGCUACCUUUUCAACUCCAGAUGGAAAAACUGAAGGUUCCUACAAAAGCCCUGAAAUGCAGUCGGCUGACAACAAGAUGGGGGAACAUUCGGGCACAAGCCGGACCUUGGCAGACGUGGAGCACACGGUGAAGGUUGUGGAUGGGCAAGUACUCUACACAUGUGUCGUGUGCAAGCGUAGCUACGUCACUAUAUCUAGCCUCCGAAGACACGCCAACGUCCACUCGUGGAGGAGAACCUAUCCUUGUCACUACUGCAGCAAAGUGUUUGCUCUGGCAGAAUACAGGACCAGGCAUGAAAUCUGGCACACCGGAGAGAGGCGGUAUCAGUGCAUCUUCUGCCUGGAGACUUUCAUGACUUACUAUAUCCUCAAGAACCAUCAGAAAUCCUUCCACGCAAUUGACCAUCGGCUUCCCGUGAAUAAGAAGACAGCCAACGGAGGCCUGAAGCCCAAUAUCUAUCCUUAUAAGCUUUACAGACUGCUGCCUAUGAAGUGCAAAAGGGCUCCCUAUAAGAGCUACAAAACUACAUCCUAUGAAAAUCCACCAGAAAACAGCCAGCCUGCUGAGGCUGCUCCGAGUUCCUGCAUUAUUAAGAAUCCAAGAAGCUCUGAAUUGACUACUUUGACUUUCCAAGACAAUGUGAAUAUGAUGUCAGAUAGUACAACUGCUUUACCCAGUGCUCCUUUGGGUAAAGAAACGCAGCAAGCUACAGAUUCUCAAAAUGGAGCCUCAUGGGGAGAAGGAGGAGGAGGAGGAGGUAGAGGAGAAGGAGGAGGAGGAGGAGAAGAGGAAGGAGGAGGAGGAGGAGGGCUGCUGAGCCCUGCUAAAAAUAACUUUAUUCCUGCUGAGAAGCCAGUUCCCGCAGGGGGAAAAAGUCUCACUUCUGGCUCACAGGGAGGAGGUGACAUGACAAUUCCAUCCUACAGUAAUGUCAGCGAAAAUGCCACAUCGGUCAUCAGCUACAGCAGUUCAGCUCCAUCUGUCAUUGUUCACAGCAGCCGGGUUUCCUCAGUGAUAAUGCACAGUAAUGCAGUCGCUGCCAUGACGAGCAGCAACGCCAUCUCUUCGAGUCCCGCUGUUAACCAUUCCCCAAGAGAUGACAGCAAGCACUCGGAGAACCUCGGAAAAGUCCCCGGCAAGGUCAAAAGCCUGAAAGAGAAGAAAAAAAUCACCCCCUACAACAGGGCAGAAACACUCGAGGAGGCAAAAUAUGCUGCGAGUUCUGCAGCUCCUUUGAGUAAAAGCACUACUAGCGUUGUGGAGGAAACCAGUAAAACUGAAACAUAUAUCGCAAAACCCGCCUUGCCUGGAACAUCAACCAACAGUAAUGUUGCGCCUCUCUGCCAGAUAACGGUCAAAAUUGGGAAUGAGGCGAUCGUGAAGAGACACAUUUUAGGGUCCAAACUAUUUUACAGAAGGGGGAGAAGAUCCAAACAUGAGACGCAGGAAGAAAGUACAUUUCAAGAAAGCGUAACUGAACCAAAAGAGAGAAGCCCAGCCAGACGCAGCCGAUCCGAAUGUGUGGAAAUGAGUGAAAUGUUUGAUGAAGGGAGUGACCAGGAUUCCUCGGACAAGCCGUGGCGCCCGUAUUACAAUUACAAACCCAAGAAGAAAUCCAAACAAUUAAAGAAGAUGAAGAAGGUCAAAUGGAAGAAAAGGCACGGAAACAGGAGCCCAAGCGGCGAACAGGUGAACUCUAGUGACAUCGACUCUACCGUGAAAAAGAGCCCGAAGGAAAAAGUCACCGAAGGAGAAGAAAAUAAAGAGAUGCCCAAUCUUCACUGUGAGCUUUGUAUUGGGGAUAAAGCAACUCCUGGACAGCAAGGGCAGACCCACUGGCACCAUACCACAUCCAAGCCUCAUAUUUGUGAACUGUGCCAAAAGCAAUUCCAGAGCCCUUCCAAUCUCAAAAUGCACAUGAGAUGUCACACUGGAGAGAAGCCUUACUCUUGCAAAACAUGUGGAAGGUGUUUUUCAGUUCAGGGGAACUUACAGAAACACGAACGCAUUCAUCUUGGGGUCAAAGAAUUCGUCUGUCAGUAUUGCAGUAAGGCGUUCACUUUAAAUGAAACCCUCAAAAUCCAUGAAAGAAUCCACACAGGUGAGAAACGUUAUCGUUGUCAGUUCUGUUUGCAGAGCUUUCUGUAUCUGUCCACCAAAAGGAAUCAUGAGCAGAAGCACAUCCAUGAGCAUAAUGGAAAGGGCUACGCCUGCUUUCAGUGCCCCAAAAUUUGCAAAACAGCAGCCGCCCUGGGAAUGCACCAAAAGAAACAUUUAUUCAAAAGUCCCAAUCCCUCCGAGAAAAAAGAGGGUGGGGGCAAUGAAAUCCCUAAGUCCUUGGAGAAUCAACAUUUCACUGACUCAGCUGGAAACAAAAUGAAGGAAACCCUACAUACUAUGUCUGAAGAUGUUCUCCUUUGACUGACUGUGGUGGGAGACCCAAUAGACAAAGCUUUUCUUUUUCAUUUUAGGUGACAGACAAAAAUGGGUGAAGUAUAGAGGAAAUCAAAAUUGUGUAAGUUCCUGAAACAUGACACUUUUUCUUCCUAUCCAUAGGUUUCAGCAUUAACUAGAAAAGCAAAACGCACCAGAACAUAAAAACUGAGGCUUCGUAUUCCCCAAGUAUCGUGCAGGGGUAACUGAGAGUCUUAGCCACGAUAAUUCUGCCAGUGGGUACUUUGUAAUUUGAAAAAGAAAAACAAUCAGUCUAAUGCUCUUUCUGUUGAGCAUUGUUAGGAGCUGCCAAACUGGCUAUGAAAUACUGAACUUGAAUCACUUAAAAGAAGAUAAAGAGUUCAGAUGCCGUGAGAAUGUCAAAUUCACCAGUGUGUUAAAAGGUGAAUGAAAUAAGUCAUCAGUGCUUUCCCCCUCCCAUCCAAUUUCAAUACUGUUAAAAUUUUCAAAAGAUAAACUCUGGAUGUUGUAUGAAAUUCUACACGGUUGGGGGAAAAUUAUGAGGUGAGGAGAGAAAAGCAUACAUUCGUCGUCUUCUUGUAAAACAAACCUUGUAAAAAUAACAUGCACCCCGUAGUUUUACACUGUCCAGUUAGAAAAUGAAAGUGAUGGAGGGAAAAUAGGUCUCUAAAUGAGAAUUUGGGAAAAAAUAAUAAAGGGUAUUUUGGGUAUGACCAAACACCUAACUUAAGAACACAGCGUGUGCUACUGGAUAACGCUGCUCUCUUUGAAGUUCUGGCUGAUCCACUCUGGAGAUCUUGACAUCCGUGAUCGACGUGGUAUCCCCAAAGCUUGUUUUAUCACACUACUGAAUGUACCAGCAGCUAUUUAAACUGCUCGGGAUAGCUUCUGAAUAUCUCAUCUCACUUCGGAGAUGAAGAAGGGUCAGAUUUGGCUGGACAUGUGUGCAGUUUUGCAGGGACCAUUCAGAUCUCAGAAGGCUACCAUUUCAAGGCCGGCCCCUUCAAUCUCAAGAGCUCAAACAAAAUGUGACUUCCCCAGUUCUACUAGCCAAUGAACUGAAAUGCUUAAAGAAAAGUGAGCUCCUGGUAGAACUGCCAAGCUUUCUAUUGUGCCACAAGAUCCAGUCUCUUCACCAUGGGCCUUCUUGUGGAAAGAUUAGGGAGUCUACAUGAGCUACUUGGCAAGGAUGAGAUACUUGGGGAAACUGGAAUUUCUGUCUUCACGGAUCCACCUGGAUCGGCCAGAGGAAGCGAAACAAUCUCCUAAAUCGAAGCGUUAGCACUAUUUGACUCCUGGAUCAUGUGUGGAAAGGUGGGAUGUUGAAGGACGAAAGAGGCUUUCUGCUCCCCUACUUCUCUGACUCCUGUGAAAUUAAACCACCGAUCCAGAUGCCUCUUUUCAGUCUUAGGUAACAGAUACCCUGCCAGAGACCUCUGUGUGUCCCCUGACAUCAUUUCCAGCUGACGAGCACCCUUAAUGUUUUUCCCCCAAAGACUGACUAGUUGCUGCACGUGGUUGUUAUAUUAAAGAGGUUCACGUCGUUUCUUCCCUAGACGGUUCUGAUUUUCUGUACCUGCCAAAGAGAGGAUACAUUCCCAACUUGUCCCUUCACAUAAAAGCCACAUCUAGAAGCCAUCAUCCAAAAGCUCAAGGGGUGCCCUGCAAUCCCUGAAAUCAUUUGGGAGUACAUGGGGCCCUCCGGGAUGGUAUCUGGCACUGCCAUCUGCAGGACGAUCUCCUUCAUUCUACUCUGAAGUCUUUUGAAGAGGACUUUAGUUACACUGGGCAGGCAAGAACGCAUCUUAAAAAUCCAGAAAAGGAUGGGAUGGAAGCUGACCUUUCAUUUUGUAGUGCUUUGCUAUUAACCACAAUACUGCAGCCUCAUUAACCUCCUUGUUUCCACUUUCACUUUCAUGCAGUAUUAUAAAGGGCAAAAUACAAGUGAAUUUACGUGUUCUUUUAUACAUAACAUACAUGCACUAGUCAUUUACUUUGGGUUUUGUUUUAAAAGUUUUGUAAGAGACUGAGCUAAAAAGUCUUUGUUGAAAUAAUACCUACAGUAUUGGAUAGUUAAUCCUGUGGUCCACUGAUUCAUGCUACCCUAGAUGAGGGCUAUGUGUCCAGGACAAGUAUUUUAUUUCAUUAGUUCCUUUGGCUUCAGACAAUGCAAGUUGUGAAGUCACUAUUAUCAGUAGUGAAUUCUUCCAGUCUGCACAUGUGGGAUAUUUUCUAAGUGGACUUGUACGCUGAUAAUUCUAGACCAAAGUAAAUAUGGCAGAAUAUUUAUACAUGAAAAGAUAAUUUUACAGAUAUUUUCUAUAAUUGUAUCAUUCGUAAAUAAAAAUAAAAAUAAAAAUGCUGAUAGCUUGUGUUCGUUUUGGGGGAGGGUUGUAUAUUUUGAUUAAAAAAAAAAAUCAAAACCACAAAAAAAAAAACCUUGACUUUGUAAUUCUGUAUAUUCUAUACAGUUUCUAGCAGAGCAGUUUUAAGACAGCAUCUUAAUGUUUAUAGUCAAUUGUGGAAAAUUUAUUCUAAGUCCUAUGUUAAAGUAAUGAGUCGAGUACCAAUGACCAAAUUAGAACUGACAUAAAUGUAAACAAUGAACAUAUCGUAUGCUGUACAUGAUAGACAGUCACUUGCAAUGUUAUAGCAUCUGUAUUUUGUUUAGAAAAUAUUAUUAAAUGCAGAUGUAAAGGGUUGGAAAAGUCUAAUUUUAUUUUUAGAAAGAAUGAAUAUAAAUUUGGUUUUGCUUGAUUAAAAGCUGGCUUAUUCUGAUUUUUAGUCUCUCUUCAAAUAUCUCUGAAUGGUUCUUUUUGCACCAGCAGGCGCUAUGCUUUUACAGACUGAUGUUGAACAUUUGACUCACCCGCUGUAUUUCUGUUUCCUCGUUUGUUCAUGCACAGUGAAACGGCAACAUGGCAGUGACCUUCCAGAAUAGGACUAAGGAGGAACAUGGCAUUUUUAUGAGGUGGCACCAUGAAAGACAAAAUACUCUGGUAUUUUGGUUAAUUUUGAAGUAUGGUCCAUUGCACAGAGGUGUUUGAUAAAUGUUGGAAUGAAUGAAUAAAUGAAGAUGCUAAUACACGA